AUGUCGGCCGCCCAAGCUCUCCGCGAGAAGCAAGCUCCCAUCAAAGAAGGGUACCGCAAGGACCCUUCUUCUGCCAUAGUAACCCUAAAGUCCACCGGCUCGCUCGACGACUCCUCGAUAACAUGCAAGCUUUCGACCGGGGCCGCUGUCAAAGAAGCCUCCCGAAUCGCAGGCCUACACCCCAAAGCGGGCGGUGACGAGUUCGCAGUAUCAGGCGAGCUAUGCUCAGGCGACAUGCUUCUCGACGCCUUGGUGGCUUGCUCGGGAGUUACUCUCAAGGCUGUUGCAACUGCGCUUGGACUUCCUGUCAAGUCAGGCACGGUUACUGCAGAAGGUGAUCUCGACUUCAAGGGCACAAUGGGCGUCGACAAGGCGGCGCCAGUGGGUAUGACGGGCAUACGACUGCAGUUCAAUAUUAAAUUUGGGGAGAAAGACGACGGGAGCGAGGUCAACGAGGACGAUCUUGAGAAACUGGGUAAGCUGACAGAGCGGUAUUGCGUGGUGCUACAGACACUGGCCAAGAAGCCGACUAUUGGCGUUGUUAUGAUCGGUAGUGGAAAGCAGGGAGACAGUAUUGAAAGAGAGAUCAUGCAUGGUAGCAAGUACUGA